AGAUUAACCCUCCUUUCGCCAGGGGGAGCUCCCUUUUUCCUAGUCCCUACACUGGAAGCCACGGAGGGGUGCUACUGCUGCUUGCGAGUUCGCGACCUGGAGCCUACGGACUUGAGGAAGAGGAGGAGGUGUUUCAGCUUUAGGCUUCCAACCCUGGAAGGUCAGCUCACUCCAUCCACCGAGAUCUGGGAGAGCCAGAGAGCAGAGGCCCUGAGAUGGCUGCAGGGCUGGAGGGCCAUUGUCCACUGGGCUUUCAAGCUGUGGCCCCCGUGGAUCAGGCUGAGCUGUCCCAGGUGAAGGUGGAGCCUGAAGAGCUUCCGGUUCUUGACUCGGGAAAGGGCCAAGAUGGAGACUGCAUCAGGUCCUGUCCAGCGUGGACAGCUCCUUCACGCGCUACUGAACCCCAGGAGGAGCUGCCUCAGGACUGGGUGAUCCGGUGGCCAGAGGAGUGGAAAGUCUCGCAGGCAUUUGUAGAAGCUGCUGUGAAGAACCCUCAGCUUCCCCUGUUGUCUCCGGGGGCCGACCCGGAGAUCUACUUGGCCACCUUUGAGCGAGUGGCCACAGUCUGCGGGUGGCCGAAAGCUGAGUGGGUGACCCGGCUUGUGUCGUUCCUUAGGAGAGAUGCCCAGCAGGUCUAUAAUAGCCUAGAUCCCAGAGAUGCUUUGGACUACGUGAAAGUGAAAGCAGCCAUCUUGAAAAGGGACUCUGUUAGCCCAGAGACGAGACGUCGACGCUUCCGGGAGUUCCGCUACCAGGAGGCUGAGGAGCCCCGUGAAGCCUGUAGCCUCCUUUGGGAGCUGGGCUGUUGCUGGCUGAAGCCAGAGAGCCGCACCAAGGAGCAAAUCCUCGAGCUUCUGGUUCUGGAGCAGUUCCUGACGAUCCUGCCGGAGGAGAUGCAAAGAUGGGUAUGGGAGUGUCACCCGGAGACCUGCGCUCAGGCAGUGGCCUUGGCAGAGGAGUUCCAAAAGGGGCAGCUCAAGACCAAGGCCAGGGAAGACCAGGUCACCAUGUAUAUGAAAGUUGAGGGGAUGACUUCAGAAGUGGUGCUCCCAGGCAACCUUUGGGAAUCACCCAGCUCCCAACCUGUUCCUGAUGGAGUCUCCCAACAGGUUGAAGGACGGAGCGAGUAUGAGUUACCCAGAGUUCUUGGAAAGGAGCCACGAGACCCACUAGAAAUAGUAACAGAGACUUUGAAAGCAACGUCACGCCGAAAGCAACGUGCUGUCAAUUGGGGAGAGAAAGAGACCCGGGCUUUUCUGAGUAUCUGGGGUCAUGAACGCACCCAGAAGAUGCUACAGCAUCAGUACAGGAACGAAGAGGUGUAUAAAAAGAUUGCAGUGCAAAUGGUCGGCAUGGGAUAUGACCGUGACUGGGAGCAGUGCCGCCAACGUGCCAAAGACCUUCGCCGUGGCUACAAGGACAUCAAGGACCAGAACCGGCGCUCUGGACGGGGGCGACAGGUGUGGCAGUAUUUUGAGGAGUUAGAUGCAAUUCUUGGAUCGCUGUUUGAGCUGGGCAAUGGAUAUGAAGGGGAAGAUGGAGCAGAUGACUUGGGUGAGGACACGUGCACUGGGGGAUCCAUGGGGCCCCAUGCUGCCAACUCCACUGAGCCUGCUGAGCUGGACCACGGUGGUAUUUGGUCAGCAGGGUUCCACGAGGGGAUGGAUAGCAGCCAGGUGACCUUCCAGCGGGCUGCCAACUGGGGAGAGAAAGAAACGCGGGAUUUCCUUGGGAUCUGGGGGUGCAAGCGGGUCCAAAGACUGCUCCAUCAGCAGCACUGGAAUGAGGAUGUCUAUAAAGAGGUCUCAGCGGGGAUGGCAUCCCUGGGCUACAGCCGGGACUGGGAGCAAUGCCGCCAGCGCGCCAAGGACCUCCGGCGGGGCUACAAGGAUAUCAAGGACCAGAACAGGCGUUCUGCUCGUGGGCGUAAAGUCUGGCAGUAUUUUGAGGAGCUGGACACCAUUCUGGGCCAGGGCAUGGGUGCAGAGGCCUCCUGUGACAUAAACAGCAUGCAGAGCUGGGGGGAUGAUUCUGCAGACGAUUCGGGUGAGGGACUCACCACACAGAACGUGAGCUCGGUGGAGGCUCAGGACUCGGAUCAGAUUGAUGUGAUGUCAGGGUCUAGCGAGGAGGUAGAAGACCGCUAUGGGCCCUGCCAACGGGCUGCUAAGUGGGGGGAGAAAGAAACCCGGGAUUUCCUGGGCAUCUGGGGACAGGACUGCGUCCAGAGUUUAUUACAUCACCAGCACAGGAAUGAGGAGGUUUAUAAGAAAGUUGCAGCCGAUAUGUCUAUCCUGGGGUAUGAACGUGAUUGGGAGCAGUGCCGACAACGGGCUAAAGAUCUUCGGCGUGGCUACCGGGAGGCAAAGGACCACAACCGGUGUUCUGGGCGUGGGCGGCAAAUGUGGCAGUACUUUGAGGAGCUGGACAUGAUACUGAGGCGGUGGUACGAAAUGGGCAGUGGGCAUAGCGAGGAAGAAAUGGCUUCGGGUGACACCUGUAUGGAGAUACGUGCCCCAGGACCGCCAGUGCACCGUGUUUCAUCCCAAACGUGGACCACAAGCCCAGCUGAAUCAUCUGAUUUGCCAGAUACCCAGACUAAUGAAAGUGUGGACAAUAGCCAAACGGAGCAUGUCGGUAGCCAGACUCCUGGCCAGAGAGCUGCCCGGUGGGGGGAGAGGGAGACCCGGGAUUUCCUGAGCAUCUGGGGACAUGGGAGCGUCCAGAGCCAACUCCACCAGCAGUACCGCAACGAGGAAGUGUACAAGCAGAUUGCAGGGCAAAUGGCAGCCCUUGGGUAUGACCGGGACUGGGAACAGUGCCGUCAGCGUGCCAAGGAUCUUCGCCGCAGUUACCGAGAUGUUAAAGACCAGAACCGGCGCUAUGGCCGUGGCCGGCAAGUGUGGCAGUACUUUGAAGAACUGGAUGCUAUCUUGGGGCGUUGGUGUGCAAAGGGCAGUGGGCACAGCGAGGGAGAAAAGGCAGGGGAUGACGCAGGAUCAGUCUCUCCCAGUAUGCUGCCCUGUACUUUUGUACCAGUCCUGGUGGAGACCUGGCUGCCCGGCUCUGGCAGUGCUGGCCAAAUACAGAGGGAGGAGGCAGCUGGACUGGACAACCCUAGGCGGCUGAUUCCUGGCCUCGCUUUGGGUCAGCCCACAUCUGGUGGUGAUGGGCAUCUGUGGAGUCCCUGCAGCCGUGGUAAGAGGUCUCGGGGGAAAGCCUUCCAGGAACAGAUGGCAGAAACCAAGCGGCGUGUGGUCCUGUGAACGGAUGCAGAAGGAGGAGCUGACUGUGAGGUGAAGACUGGGCUCUGAUGUUGCUGGAACUGCACAGAACUGAAGAAUGUAGAGCUGGGAUUGGACGAGAGAGACAAGAGAGGAAGACGGAUGGCAAAAGUGGAGAAAAACAACCAAAGGGGAGAGUUUUAUAAGACAGACCAAGAGUCCUGGACAGCCUGCAUGCAGAGCAGGGCAAAUGCCUUGCGGCCACAUUAUAAUCAGGAUUGUCUGCGCUCUUUGUGCUUUAAAAGCCCCCAAACAAAAUUCUGCAUCAAGAUAAUUCAAAUUCUGCAACGAGUAGAAUUCUGUGACCUGUAUACAUCAUGAAAAUAAGCACACGUGUACACUUUUUCUUACUUUGCAAGAUUUAUUCUGCUUUAGUUGUGAGCAGAGGCAAGGGGGCACCCUUUGACCGCUGGGAAACUUUAUUUAAGUCCUCUGGCAUCCGAAACCUCAUCAGGCAUUGCCUAUACACUUUCAAGCCUAUCUUUGCAACCAUAAGAACUAGAAACUUGGCAUUCUACUUUU